AUCAAAACAAUCCUGUACAUGUGCGGCAAAACCAUCAGCAAAGAUGGCUGCCCUUGAGAAGCUGUUUCAAGAUGAUGAGAAAGACGAUGAAAAUAUAACAAUAAACAAAGAAUUUGCAAGUAAAUACCAAAAGUUUAAAGAGUGUCAAGAGUUAGAUCGUUUAAAGCAAAAGUAUGGCGAUGUAUUGGAGGAUUCUGAGUCUGAAUCUGAAGAUGAAGACGCUGAGGCACUUACUCCUCAAAUUGAACAGGAUUUUUUGAAAACGCUUUCAAUGAUCAAAUGCAAAGAUCCCAAGAUAUACAAGAAAGAGACAGUGUUUUUUGACGAUAGAACAGAUAAUGGAAAUUUAAAACAAGCAAAACAGAAAGAGAAGAAUACACCCAUGCUUUUGAAGGAUUACGAACGAGAACGACUGCUUAAGAAAGGUGAGAAAGCCUAUUUAAGUGACUCUGACGACGAUGAUGGCAACAAACAUUUUAUUGAAAAGAAGAAAACUGAGGAAUUGACGUACAAUGAGGAACAAGAGCAGUUAAAAAAAAGUUUUAAGGAUGCUGUCGAAUCAGAAAGUGAUGAUGAAGAAUUAUUAAAAGUUCGUGAAAAAUCUUCUGACGAGAUCAAGAAGGAAAAUAAAGAGUAUCAAUCUUGGUUAAAGACAGCUGGAAAGAAAUUAGGAGCGUUGGAACGGUAUUGGAACAAUGACCAACUGGAUGAAAAUGAAAAGUUUUUACGGGAUUACAUCCUAAAAAAGCAAUAUAUUGACAAUGAAGACAAAAUUCCAACAUACAAGGAAGUGGUUGGUGCUAGUGAUGAGGAAGAAGAAGAGGAUGACGACGAAGUUGAACGUGAAGAAGAAUUCGAAAGGAAAUUUAAUUUUCGUUUUGAGGAGCCAGAUCAAGAAUUUGUUAAAAGAUAUCCAAGGACUAUAGCAGAGUCAGUGCGACGAACAGACGACAAACGGAAAGAACACAGAAAAGAACGAGUGGAAAGAAAGAAGAAAGAAAAAGACCAAAAGAAAGAAGAAUUGAAAAGAUUGAAAAAGUUAAAGAGGAAAGAAAUAAUGGAGAAAAUCGAAAAGUUGAAAGAAAUUACUGGAAACUCAAAAGUAGGCUUCCUUGAGGAAGAUAUGGAUGGGGAUUUCGACGCUUCGAAGUAUGACGAAUUGAUGACGCAAGUAUUCGAUGACGAUUAUUAUGACGAGGAAGAGACGGAGAAACCGACUUUUUCCGACGAAGAUGAAUAUAUUGACGAAAACUGGGAUGAAUGGAGUGUACCACCCGAAAAUAAUUAUCUCAACAGCAACGAGGACAACGAAGAACAUUUACCACAUUGUGAAGAGCCUGAUUUUAAUAUGGAUGCGGAUUAUGUGCCAGGGAACAGUACAUCCUUGAAACAGAAAAAAACUUCUAAAUUCGCACAAGCUAUUCAAAGAAAGAAACCGAUUUUCGAUCCAGACGAGAAGUCCUUUCAAGAAUAUUUCGAUGAAUAUUACAAGUUGGAUUUCGAAGACAUCAUCGACGACAUGCCUGUCCGUUUUAAAUACAGAAGUUGUAUGCCGAAUGAUUACGGCCUGUCAACUGAUGAGGUACUUAAUGCAGAUGAUAAAGAAUUAAACGAAUGGUGUUCUUUAAAGAAAACGAUGCGAUACUAUAAUGAAGAAGAGGAGAAGAAAGAGAGACAAAGAUAUAAAAAGAAAUCACGUGACAAAAAGAAGAAACAACGAGUGUUUCAGUCACUUCAACAACAACAGCAAAACGACGAAGAAGAAGCCACAGGCGUAAACGAAACGAGAAUCGAAAAACCACGAAAUAUAAAAUCUUUACAAAGAAAGAAAGAAAAACUUCGAGAGCUGGACAGUUCGAGUAAAACGUCGUUUAAAAGGCGAGUUUUAACCUCGAAAUUUUCGACGAAAAAGGUCGCACAAGGUAGUGUUCGAAAUUCAAGGAUGAAAAAACUUGAGAAACAGUUCAGGGGAAGUAAUCCGGACAAUUUAAGAAAGUUUUCAUUACAGAGAUUAGCUGCGUAUGGUUUGGAUAAAAGGAAGAAGAAGUAAAGCGCUGUCUAUUGUUGUU